GGCAGUUUUCACCUAAAUAAAUUUGCAUGUGUGGCAGUGACAAGGUUCCUAUUUAACCCCAGUGUUAUUCCAGCAGCUGCAGAUCUUCAUUCUGAGCUGAGGGAGGAGGAGAGAAACGGCGAGGAUGGAGAAGGUUCUCCUGAGCAUCAUCUCUGCAGCAGGACUGUGUGCCGUUCUCUGUCAUGCUGAGCGUCGGUAUCAUUUUGUUUAUGAGGAGAAGAACAUGGCCGAGGCUCGGAGCUACUGCAGAGAGAAAUACACAGACCUGGCCACCAUAGACCACAUGAACGACGUGAAGAUCCUGAAUGACAUGGCAGAUUUGAGCAGAAUGAACUACUCAGAGUUCAGCUACCGAGCCUGGAUCGGUCUGUACGACGACAUGAACAGUUGGAGGUGGUCACUGACAAACACAAGUUUCUACAAACCUGGAGAAACCGAGUUUAGAAACUGGAAACCUGGACGACCUAAUAACUAUGGCAGCAGACAGCACUGUGUGGUCAUGGAUAUCAACGGACUGUGGAAUGAUCACUGGUGUGAUUUCCACCAACAGCCAGUCUGCAGUGAUGUUACAGGGUCCAAUGUGACAUUUGUCCUCGCCCCCACCACCAUGUCAUGGUCUGAUGCUGUGAUCUACUGCAGAGAACACCACACUGACCUGGCCAGUGUGAGGAACAUGGAGGAGAACCAGAAGAUAAAAGAGCUGGCAUCAGGACUAUUUGUCUGGAUUGGCCUCUCCAGGGAGUCCUGGAAGUGGGUGGAUGGAAGUAGAUCCACAUUUAGGUACUGGGGAGUUACUCAACCCAACAACCAGUUUGGAAAAGAGACGUGCGUGGCUGCUGACUUUGGAAACUCUGGCAAAUGGGAGGACUGCCAAUGCCACUACAAGAGAGCAUUCAUCUGCUACAGCGUCCCAGUCUCCAAACAAGUGAUCAAGGUGAGGCUGGUGAAGCAGAGCUCCUCUCUGGAUCUGAACGACCCUGCCGUGCUGGAGGACAUGCUGAAGGAGCUCAGACAGAAUCUGAGGGAUCAAGGGGUGACACAGGACGUCAGACUGAGCUGGAGGAAGCAGGCGGACGGAAAGGUGUUUCACAAAGAGAAGAAGAAGGAGAAGAAGAAGAGGAACAAAAUAAGAAUGACCAGAAAAACUGAUCUCUAGUCUCCUGUAAGAGUUUUAUGCUUACCACAGAACAGUUUUCCAUUCUGCCUCAGUCCAUUUUAAAUGAGCUUUGGCAUUGUUUCUGGAUUCUGUGAGACUCUGCCUCUCUAAAAUGCUCCUUUUAUACCCAGUCAUGUUCCUGAUCUGUCAUCAGUUAACCUAAUGAGUUGUAAAACACUCCUCCGGCUGUUUUCAUUAGUACUUACUUUUCCAGCCUUGUGUUGCCCUGUCCCAACUUUUUUGAGAUGUGAUACAUUCUGUUAGAUUCUGUUUUUAUUUGCAUUUUACACAGGGCCCCAGCCUUUUGGAAUUGGGGUUGUUGUUAAAGAGCUUCUUUCUUCGUA